GGUCGAUGUUGCGACGGUGGAUGAUGGCUGCGGAGGGUCCUGCGGUGCACUUUGCUUUGAGGCCGACCCUGAAGCAGCCAAGACGGAAGAGCGCUGGGCCUAUGUCGGUGCAGGUCGCGGAACUUACCAGCAAGCAUCGUCCAUGGACUAUGUUGGACAUGGCCGCGGCGACUUCGAGAAGGAGAAGGUGACCGUGAGCUCUGGUGUCCGGUUCCGCUCCAUUUGUGCGGUGCUCCUCUGCUUCCUGCUCUCCUUAAUUCUGGGGCUUCUGCUCUACCUCUUCUGGCCUUUCAACUUCUUUCAGACGGGAGCUGACGAAAUGGACCCCUGCAUGACGGGCACCGUGGGUGCCAUGACGGUGGUGCAGAGGGAGGCCUGCUGCGCGCAGGGCAACGUAGCCUUCUGCGCCACCACGACGAAAGCGCCCGUGAUCAUCCACGACAAGUACUACACCAACGUGAGGACGCAAAAAGUCUCGCACGUGGUGCCUGUGCCGGUUCCCGGUCCGCCCGCCAAGGUCAUCACGCAGAAGGUGUACGUCAAGCAUCAUCCCUUCGAGUGCACGGAAGGCUAUGGUAGCUGGAAGACACAGUGGUCCCAUGAGCAUCAGCGCUACUGCUGCUACAAGUUCAAGGAGUCUUGCGUGACGAAGGUUCAGUACCGGAACCACUACAAGACUAUCACGCACGUCCAUCACGUGACCGUGCCAGAGAAAGUCGUCGUGCCGGCGCCGCCACCUCGCGAAAUCAAUCAUAUCGUCAAGGUUCCCGUCCAU